AUGUCGGAAGAACUUACUUUGCCACAGGUUGUCGAUGAUCUUGAAGCUAAACCGGAUUUCAAGCAGGCGGUUAAAGACAUUUUCUGUGGCACUAUAGGAGGAUUCGCUCAAGUCUUGGUAGGUCAGCCUUUCGACAUAGUUAAAGUUCGAUUGCAGACAUCAGCUGUACCUACUACUGCUCUGGACACUGUAAAGAGCCUGGCAAAAAAUGAAGGACUCAUGGCAUUUUACAAAGGAACGGCUGUGCCGCUAGUUGGUGUGGGAGCGUGCGUUUCGUGUCAGUUUGGUGUCAACGAGUCCAUGAAAAGGUAUUUCUACUCGCGCAGCGGCGCUGCACCUGGGUCGCACCUAACGCUUGGCCAAUACUACGUGUGCGGCUUUGUAAGUGGGACAGCCAAUGCUCUUUUGGCCACACCCAUCGAGCAUGUUCGUAUCAGAAUGCAGAUACAGAAGAGCACCAAAGGUGAGGGCUUGUACCGAAGCUCUUUGGACUGCGCCAGACAACUCAUCAAACAAGGCGCUUUGAUGCAUGGUUUUACCGCGACCACUAUGAGAACCUCUCAUGGAUUUGGUGUUUAUUUCUCCACGUACGAGGCUUUAAUAGCCAACCAGGCAAGCCGUGGCGUGGCCCGCCAAGACAUUCCUGCUUGGAAAGUUUGCAUAUUCGGAGCCUUUUCGGGCGCGUUUUUCUGGGCGCUGACGUAUCCGUUUGACGUUGUCAAGUCCGUGAUGCAGGCCGACGACUUUAGAAACCCCCGCUAUGGCCGCAACGUGUUGUCUGUUGCGAAAGCGAUUUAUCAAGAGCGCGGGAUCAAAGCAUUUGGGAAAGGGUUUGUGCCCACUAUGUUACGCUCUUUACCAGUUAACGGCGCCACGUUUGCAGCGUUUGAAAUAUCUAUGCGGUUAAUCAAUUGA